GUUGAGCGCGAGCGGGAAUUGGCCGACAUGUUCUGUUCAGGUUAAUGGCGACAUGUUUGACGCUGAGCUUCCUAUCAGUUGCGGGUCUCGACAAGCCUUUCCCCAGUGUUCUCGGUCCUUCAAUAGUCAGGCGGUGCCUUCAGCCGUGCCUAAAGGACUACCCGGAAAGAUAUCUACCCCCGGUGAAUUCCUGUCAGCAAUCGGUCGGUCAUCCGAGACCAAGCUCGAAGUAGAAGAAUGGGCAAAGUUCUGGCAGAUGACGGGUCCUGAGAUGAAGACCGCUGGAGUUUCUGUCAAAGACAGGCGGUACAUUAUGUGGUGCAUGAACAGGUACCGGCUGGGUGAGCCCAUCAAAGACUUCGCACACGAGGCGAAGCCCAAGAAGAAGAUACGUGGUCGGGGUCCUGCUGUUCAGAAUGGAAAAAGGAUACGCUCCCGAAGAGACCGGUAGCUUCUGUAGACGUAUUUUUUGUUCCUACCUUCUCACCUUGUUCGAGCUAAUACAUCUA